AUGGCUUCGAGUUCAACGUCGGAACCCGUUAAGAAGGUGCAGUUGGAAGGCAAGGUAAUCGCUAUCACCGGUGCAAACAGAGGUAUCGGCCUCGGAAUAGCAGACUGCUGCCUCACCAACGGCGCUCGCGCCGUCUACUCCCUCGACAUCGGCACCCCCGACUCCGACUUUGCCGCCCUCUCCUCCAAAUAUCCGAACCAGCUCUUCGCGCUCGAAGCCGACGUCACCAAAGAAGAGUCCAUCCAAGCCGCAAUCGACAAGGUGCUGGCUGAGGCGGGCGCGCUGCACGGCAUGGUGUGCAACGCGGGGCGCACGAAGCACAAGCCGGCGCUGGAGUUUACGACAGAGGAGAUAGAUCAGCUUUGGGGCGUGAAUCUGUAUGGCAGUUUUUACUCGGCGCGGUGUGCGGCGAGGGCGUUUAUCAAGCAAGGGGUCAAGGGGAGUAUUGUUUUUACGGCGAGUAUGGCGUCGUAUCGGCCGAAUAAGCGUGUUCCCUCGGCACCGUACGGUGCGUCCAAGGCGGGUAUUAGGAAUAUGACGCAUACGCUUGCUAUGGAGUGGGCGCAGUACAAUAUCAGAGUCAACUCUGUGUCGCCGGGUCUGGUCAAGACGGCAAUGACGUACUGGGUUGAGCAGCAGCCGGAUUGGGAGCAGCAGCUCAAGUACUAUGGUGGUAUGCCGCGGUUAGCGGCGGUGGAGGAGCUCGGAGGCGCCUAUGUGUAUUUGCUCAGCGAUGCGGCGAGUUACACGACGAGUAUUGAUAUCCCGGUCAAUGGCGUUAUCGGUAUUUGUUAA